AGCAGCUUCGUCAUCAGUCCAAGAUGUUUCCUUUAGCUGAGAUGGCGUCGAUUCCGUGUCAGCAGAGCGCCAGCAGUCGCAGUCGCGCAUCGCCGCUGGACCGCGGCACCCUGCGUGGAUGCCGCGCGCUGUGCACGCGACUCCACGUGGACGGCGCGAGUCCGGCUUCGCGCGGUUGGCGCUCGGCCUCGUUCGCCUUUGCCGUGGCGCUGUCCGUCCGGAGGAGGUGGGGUGCCACACGGCAGCUGCACGCGACGAGGCGGCAAGCAGAGCCUUUGGCCCCAGAGUCUUUGCUGGAGCCUGCGGCUCCCUGGGUGUUGGUCGAGGCUCCUCCUGGAAGUGAGCAGAGAUAUUACUACUGGAACCAGGAGACGAAUGAAACCCGCUGGGACCUGCCAGAAGAGGCGGUAGCAGCGGCAGCGGGAGUUGUGGAGGAUCUGCAGAGCGGUGCGCCUGAAGCAGGUGCAUGGCGCGAAGCGGUGUCGGACAGCGGAGACGUGUACUAUUACAAUGAGGUGACCAUGGAAACCUCCUGGACCUUACCCGGGCAAGAGGAGGAAUUGGACAAGCUGGAUGCGGACGACGUGGACGACGCGGAAGAUCCGGACGACACGGACGAUGCGGACGGCGCAGAGGAUGUGGACGACCAGGCAGUUUCUGCUCACAAACUUGACGAGAUUGAAGAGGCCGAGGUCUCCGAGCCUUUUGACAAGGCCCCCAAGGAGGAGGUGGCCCCGAUGCUGGCCCCAACCGCCGGACUCGCGACCGCGGAGCCGGCAAGUGUUGCCAGUUCCUAUGCGGAGCUGAAGGUGAGUGAGCUCAAGGAUCUCUUGAAACAGAGGGGCCUCACAGUCAGCGGCCGCAAGGACGAGUUACUUGCGCGGCUGGAGGAGAGCGAGGCAACGGCUGAACCGCCAAAGGCCGCACCAAUUGCAAAGGCCGCGCCAAAGAAGGAACCCUCGGAUGACGUGGAAGAGGGGCGGUCCGCCAGCGCGGCUGGAGCCUCCUAUGCUGGCCUGAAGGCAAGCGAGCUGCGAGAUCUUUUGAGGUCCAAAGGCCUCAAAACCGUUGGCAAGAAGGAGGAGCUGAUCGCGCGCCUGGAGGAGAACCAGGUUUCCCUUGAUGACUUCUUCGAGCUGGAAGAUGCACCAAGGGAGGCAACCCUGACAUCCGAGAGUGGUGCGGCUGCUGCUUUUUUGGAGAAGGAGUUGAAUUUGGCGUCGGGCACCGUCAAGCUGCCGAAGGAGGCUUCAGCAAGCUUGGCGAGAGAAAGCCUCGGCUUUCUACUGGAAGAAUUGAUGCCAUGCAAAGAAUUCUGGGCGCAGAGCGCCGCGCGGUCGCCGGAGAUCUUUCAGGCUUCGAAGGAGGACUUGCGAGAGACCUUGGAGUGGCUGGAAGAGUUUCUGUGGAGCCAGGACUGGUCCGUGGGCUUCGGACGCCACGCCCUGGCCGAGCGGAUCGCUCAUCGGCCCUACUUGCUGCUGCAGGGGGUAGAUGGUUUGCGAGAGACUUUGGCCUGGUUGGAGGAGCGAGGCCUUGAUGACGAAGUGGUGAGGUCCUAUGUGGCGGGCCCCACGGCGGUGCCCUUUCCCUGUGAGCCAUAUCCUUGGAUCGAGCUCCUGCAGUUGGGCAGACCACGCUUAGAAGCUGCUGAAGCCUGGUUGCAGAGCCACCUCUCCUGGACACCCGAGAAGGUGACCCCGACAUGAAGGUGCUACCAACCUACGACGAACCAUGCGACCUCCUUGGACCCGUGGAUCCUCCCUGCAUGUUCGGACUCAGCAGUCUCCAAGGCUUUGUGUCAGGA